CCGAGGUAUCUGGAAAUAAUCGACUCCACUGAUUGCUCACUCAGCUAUUCUACAGAAAACUCAUUUACGACAUCUCAGACAACGAAGUUAGUCAAGCUCUCCGAGAAGAGCCGUGGCUUCCAGGUUGUUUCCCCGGGAUGUUUCAAUUACAUUCACACUGCUCGGUCAUCUCUGUCCAAUGAUUCGCUUCAGUUUCGCUUCGGACAGCAGUGGAUGGAGGAGGAGGAGGGUAAAACUCUCUGAGGAUUAUUCACAUCUCACUGAACGUCUGUGCGCGCUAAGACGCAGCAGCAGCAGCAGCCAAAGUUCCUCCUGCGUAAAGUUCACUCCUCACAAUGGCUAAAGUGAAGCCCUGGUUGGUUUGCUGCUUUGUUUUACUGGGUUUAAUUUGCGCUGUUGCUCUGGUUUGCUUGUGCAUCGCCUCGCUGGUGGACAGAGGAUGUUCCGGUGGGAGCUUCAGACAUGCGGCUGUUUCUGCAGACUCCAAGCUUUGCUCCGAGAUUGGCAGGAACAUGCUCCAGCAGGGGGGGUCGGCAGUAGAUGGCGCCAUUGCAGCUCUUCUGUGCACAUCUUUGGUCAAUCCUCAGAGCAUGGGCAUCGGAGGAGGCUCCAUAGUAACCAUCAGAAAUAGAACAGGCAGCGUUAAAGUCUACAACUUCAGAGAGACGGUUCCACGUUCAUUCAAGAGCAACCUGAUAAAUGACUGCCCGUCUACAUUCAGGAUAUCCACAGGCAGCCAGUGGAUCGGCGUUCCUGGAGAGCUGCUGGGCUACGAGACCCUUCACAAACACUACGGGAAGCUGCCCUGGGCCAAGCUGUUUGAGCCAACUAUCCGUCUGGCCAGGGAGGGUUUCCCCCUGCCAGCCUUUCUGGGAAAAUUCCUGUCCUUCAACAUCGUUAAAGACCACGUGGAAAAGUCAGCUCUCUGCGAAGUUUUCUGCAACAAGAACAAAACUGUUCUGAGCACAGGAGACGUCCUGAAGUAUCCUAAACUUGCAGAAACCAUGGAAACCAUUGCAGAGCAAGGGGCAAAAGCCUUCUACAGUGGCAAGAUAGGACAUGACUUGAUCCAAGACAUUAAGGCUGCAGGUGGGACGUUGACAAUGGAGGAUCUGAAGUCGUUCCAGGUGAAGGUCUGCGAUGCGUGGUCGGUUAAUCUGGGAGACGCUCAGAUGCACAUCCCUCCUCCUCCUUCAGGGGGCCCCCUGCUCGCCUUCAUCCUCCGAAUCAUGAAAGAGUUCUCUUUGACUCCAGAGUCUCUGAUUGGUGACAAGAAGAUUCAGAUGUACCAUCAUUAUGUAGAAGCAGCGAAAUUUGCAAAUGGACAAAAGAGGAACAUUAAAGACCCUGACUUUAAUAACAGGAAGAGCGCAGAUCACUUGAUCGAUCCCUCCUUCAUUAAUCGCAUCAAGAAGAUGAUUUCAUCCAACAGCACACAUGACGUCUCUUACUACUCCAACAUCAAGCCUCCUCAGGAUCACUUCGGGACGACUCAUGUCUCCGUCCUGGAUAAAGACGGAAUGACUGUUUCUGCCACCAGCACCAUAAACCAACUCUUCGGAGGAGCCGUUUACUCCUCCAAAACUGGCAUCAUCCUCAACAACGAGCUGGCUGACUUUUGCGGGAGGGCAGACACAGUGAGGGCAGGUGAACAGCCUCCCUCCUCCAUGGCUCCGGUUAUACUGGAAACAAAGUCUGGAGGGAUCCUUGCAAUUGGUGGAUCGGGAGGAAGCAUGAUUACCACCGGCGUGGCCUUGUCUGUUAUAAAUCGCCUGUGGCUGGGGAUGAACUUGAAAGAUGCCAUCGCUGCUCCAAUAGUGUUUGUUAAUUCCACGAACGAUGUGAAUUUGGAGCCUAAUUUUGACAAGUCUGUGGAAAAUGGCCUCAGAGAUCUUGGACACAACAUUGGAAACUGGAGCUAUUUUUUCAACGUGGUCAACGCUGUGGAAAGGGAGAAUGGCUGCAUUACAGCCGUAUCAGACAGCAGGAAGUUGGGGAUGUCAGCUGGAUACUGACCAUGAGGAGGCAUGAGAUUUCCACUAAAACCUGCCCUCAAAACUCACUGAACCUUCAGCCUUAAAAACAGUGAAUGUCAUGAAGCCCUUCCAGCAAAACUGGUGCUUUGGAUCGUUCCAGAUGAAAAAGGAGGCGACUAAACUUAAAGGAUAAUUCUAUUUUUGUUCUAUUGUUUCUAUUGUUCUAUUAAGUUGUGACCAUCAUUUCUAAAACAAGCUAACAUCACACACCAGAGCAGUUGCUGAGCUCUUGACGAAUGGCCACAUGGAUUUAAUUUUUUUUUUAAGUAUAAAAUUGGGCAAGAAACUUGAGUCAGUUGUCGUAAACCGCUUUACUGGGAGGUAAAACUGCAACUUUCUCACAAAAAUCUGCAGAAACUGAACUGUUCAGUGAGGCAGGCACAUCAAAAUGAACAGCUGGUGGAGCCAGUUCUCCUGUUGAGUGCAAUUAAGCAAUAAAAGAAAGAAGAAAGAGCAAUAAGAUGAUAAAAUAUAUUUGAUUCAAUCUCUCAUAGAUAAGCGAUGAACCCUCACUGACUUAAGUGAUGUCACCCGAUGAGUGAUUGCCAGAGAUUUCAAGGGCUCCAAAAGUUAUAAACAACAAUGAGUCAGGUGACAACAUGUUUGGAAUUCAUCAUCAUGUCACAGGACAAACAACUACACACAGUUGUGGCUGAAAAUCACCAGUUAGCAAUGUGUUUAUAAUUGCAUGUAAACUUUGUGCAGCGUUAAGGUUGGUUGCUCCUUUCAUGCUGGUCUGAGUAAUUUUUCUUGUUUUUUUAGUAACACUGUUAAUUCCUCCAGGCAAAUUCUGCAGAAAUGCAAACUCACAUAGGGGCGUGUCUGAGACAGACAGAGCGCUCAUGCACUUGACAUUUUCAUAGCGGAACAACCUUAAGAACUCAUGCAUUUGGUGGGAAUGCGCCUCAAAGUCUGCAACUCCAAGAAUAUGAACACUGAGAUUGUUUCCAUUGUACCUGGUCACACUGGUCAGAUGGUAAAAAAGUGUUUACUUCAUCUUGACUUUUUCUGGCAUGUUCCAGUUGUGUUUUGUUUUUGUAAAUGUUAACAUUGACAGUUCUUAGAAAAACAGGCAGCUAGAUGAUCACUUAAUAUGAUACACAAACUGUGUGCAUGCAUAACAAAGGACAAAGGAAAGUAUGUUAGGAUAAAGCAAAACCACAGCUUAGAACAGUUAGUUAAUGAGUCUGACUGUCCUCUGUUAGCCUUUGGAAUUGUAAUUUGGCUAAAAAAAACUAAAUGUACACUUGCUAGUUGUAUUGCAAACUUUCAUCAGUAUUUUCUUCAUAGUUGUCACAACAAAUGAAAUCUCAGGAAAAAGCAAGUAAAAGAUCCAUGACAAGAUUAUUUUGUCAAAGUCUGGGUAACAGAGAACAAUGUCAAGAUGAAUUAAGCUAAACACAGACUGUUUAAAAAUUGGUUUAUUGUUCAACUGCUCAGGUCUCUUGCCCCAUUCAUCCUCCUUUCUGAGAUGUUACUGUGUUCGUAGAUCUCAGCAAAAGUCGCCUCUAAGCUGUAAUUAUGCCUCUUAUAAGUUGAUUGGUCCACAGACAUACAGAUAUACGUGUUUUGAGGACGCUUGCAGCUCAGAUCUGCUCUUCUGCAGGAUCACAGGCUCCUGACCAAUGUGUACUAUGUAUGUAUUAAGUCUAUUCAUACCAGUGAAUGUUUUAUUUUGUGACUCAACUUCUCUGUAAGAACUGCUUACUGUAAAUGAGCCAUUUAACCCUUUUUAAAAGUGACAUCCUGAUUGUAGCUGCCCAAACAGGAAACUUUCACUGUGACCUUAAAGAUUUUACUGUGUGUAAAACCACUUUAUUCAUACUGUGAGCACCAAAAUGUUUUUAUACAUAUUUUUUCUGUUUCUAGUCAAAGUGUUUUAAAAAAUGAAAAUGACUGUCACAUUUUUACAACUAUUAACUGUGAAUAUUUGUGUUUUCAAAAUAAAAGUCCA